UGGAAUUAUGGGUAAAGUAAGAUGUCUGCUCCCUUAUACAGGAAGAUCUAAAUGAAUAAGGGUUUUGCUUCAAAUUUAUAAAGCUUGAAUACAGAAUAAUUGAAAGAUGUUUUACCUUUUAGUAAACAACAAUGUUAGUAGCAGGACAGCUGUUCCUCUGCGUACUUUCUAUUUUCGAUUCAACAAAACGAGAUAUUUAAGGAGCUACAAUAGUUACGGCACAGUUUGGACUCAACAUCCCAGUCGAAGUAACUGUAAAUUAUGCCCCUGCAAUACCUUGGUCCGCUUCUGGCAUCAGGCUCGGAGAGCCUUCAGAAAAGCAGCUGAACAAAAGCUGAGAGCUCCCAAGACUCACCAGGCUCUGGGCUUUGUGGUGGGUCCAGCAGUCCUCACCAUCUCAGCGAGGCUGUACAGCUGUGUUGCCUACUGUCAAGUGGACCUCAAUAAUAAUGAGUUGUCACAGCCAACACACCCUCACGAAACUGAACCAGAGUUCAGCUGGACAGUGCUUUGGAAGUUUCUUAGGCCCCAGCUGUUGGCACUUUUGGGUGCAGUUGUUUUGGCAUUUGGUGCAGCAAUCUUGAAUAUUCAGAUCCCCCUGAUGCUUGGAGAUUUGGUGAAUGUGGUGGCCAGGUAUAUGAGAGACCACAUCGGGAACUAUCUUAAUGAAGUGAAGCGUCCUGCCAUAAAACUGCUGGGACUUUAUGGCCUUCAGGGGCUGCUGACCUGCGGGUACAUCGUUCUACUGUCCAGGGUGGGGGAACAUGUUGCUGCGGACAUGAGAAAGACUCUGUUUUUGUCUCUGCUUAGACAAGAUGUAGCAUUCUUUGAUGCCAACAAGACAGGGCAGCUGGUAAACCGUUUGACUUCUGAUAUCCAGGAGUUUAAGUCUUCAUUUAAACUAGUCAUCUCACAGGGUUUGCGCAGUACCACACAGACAGCGGGUUGCUUUGUGUCCCUCUACCUGAUCUCCCCCAAACUCACAGGCCUAACCCUAGUAGUAAUGCCGUGCCUGGUGGGGGCUGGGGCUCUCAUUGGAUCAUUCCUGCGACGGCUAUCCAGAAAAGCUCAGGAUCAGGUUGCCAGAGCUACAGGAGUGGCAGAUGAGGCCUUGGGCAAUGUUCGCACAGUGAGAGCCUUUGCCAUGGAAAACCGAGAAGCACAGCUGUACUCUGCAGAGGUUGACAAGUCAUGUGACAUGAAUGAGGCUCUGGGAAUGGGAAUUGCAGUGUUUCAGGGGCUGUCAAACAUCGUCCUGAACUGCAUUGUGCUUGGCACCAUUUUUGCAGGUGGGGCCUUAAUGGCUGGUGAUGAGAUGACCCCUGGCGAUCUCAUGUCUUUUCUGGUUGCUUCGCAAACAGUGCAGAGGUCCAUGGCCAGUAUCUCUGUCCUGUUUGGACAAGUUGUACGAGGUAUGAGUGCUGGAUCCAGGGUGUUUGAGUACCUCACACUGGAGCCCACCAUUCCACUGAAUGGGGGAGCCAGAAUCCCCUACCACUCUUUGGUUGGUAGGAUCCACUUCAGAGACAUUUCCUUCAGCUAUCCAACCAGACCAGGUCAUCAGGUCCUGAAGAACUUCAGCCUGGUCCUUCCCCCAUGUAAGACGGUGGCCAUUGUAGGAGAAUCUGGAGGAGGUAAAUCCACAGUGGCAGCACUGUUGGAGCGAUUUUAUGACCCCAGCAGUGGUGUUGUCACACUGGAUGGGCUGGACAUCAGAACCCUUGAUCCAUCCUGGCUUAGAGGACAGGCUAUUGGAUUUAUCAACCAGGAGCCUGUUCUGUUUGGAACGUCUGUCAUGGAGAACAUCCGCUUUGGCAAACCUGAAGCCACUGAUGCUGAAGUCAUUUCUGCCGCCAAGCAAGCAAACGCCCACAGCUUUAUCUCCAGUUUCCCUGAUGGCUACGACACAGUGGUUGGUGAGCGUGGAGUGACAUUAUCAGGGGGACAGAAACAGCGCAUUGCGAUAGCCCGAGCCCUCAUUAAGAACCCCAGCAUACUGAUCCUGGAUGAGGCCACCAGUGCACUGGACGCAGAGUCGGAGCGGGUGGUGCAGGAGGCGCUCGAUCGGGUCACCUCUGGCCGCACGGUGCUCAUCAUUGCUCACCGCCUCAGUACCAUCCAGGGAGCCGAUCUCAUCUGUGUGUUGAGCAACGGGAGCGUCACGGAGGCUGGUACACAUUCUGAACUUCUGAAGAAAGGUGGACUGUACGCAGAUCUGACUCAAAGACAGAGGACAGAGGGAAAGAAAUGAAUCUAAAGUAGCAUAGUCUACAGAAGAUUUUAAUCAACAGUUGAUCUUUGUCUUUGCCUUCUAAAUCAAUUUCUUUUCAGAUCGAUUUCACUUACUGACAGUUCAUAUCCUACAAUCUUGUAAGAAAUAAUUGACCAUAAUGGGAAAAAUCAGAGCAGUAAAAUGUCUACCUGCUUUGAGAAUGUUUGUCCAAAAAUGCAUUUUUCUUUUGGUUUUGAAAUAUCAUUGGAAAUGUUUGAAGAUCUAGUUUAAUAUAAUCAUGAAGUGAAAAAGUUUGUACAAUACUGAUUAUAAUUUUUGAACUAUAAAAGAAGGUAUAUCCCUUAAAAGCAGACAGCGAUGAAAACACUACAGGAGUUUGUCAGCAGUAAUUUAUGAAAACCAUUGAACAGGAAGAAUUAUUGCUUGAGUUUUGCUUUAUUUUUUUGGAUAAUUAAACUUGACAACUUUUUCAACCCUAAGAAGUUAGGUGUUGAGUAAUUUUGGAAAAGUAUAAAAUGAUUUCUCUGUUUCCUCUUUGACUUUGUAUUACAUUUACAGGACCAUCGUGUUUAAAAUACAGUAAUGAUAUCUUGAAGGACGGGAAAGUAUUCUACCUUAAGGAGUUAGAAUUAGCAUCUACGUCCACUUAAUAGACCAAUGACAUAGUGUGUGUACAGGACCUUGCAAAAGUAUUCAGACCCUUCUUGUGGUGUCCCAUUUUGUGAAAUAAAAAUGGAUGUACAGUA